AAAGUAAAACAAUAUCCUAAUAAAAAGCAAAAGUCAAAAAAACCCUAGUGAAAUCCUCCUCUGUCAGUUUCUUCUUUCUUCCCUUACUUCACUCUUAGUAGUAGCAACCAUUGCCGACACUAACAAAGCAAAAGCAAAGCGGAGAACCCAACCAUGAGCUGCUGCAAAAGCUUCUCUUCUUCCCGUUUCUCUUCUUUCUCCAAGCCUUUCCUUCCCAAAUCCUUCAACUUACCGCCUUUAUUCUUCAUUUCUUCUUCCAACCCCAAGCCUAACCGCAGCUCUUUCCACCUCCGUUCAUGGCCAUCACAACGCCACCUCUCUCCUAUGGCGGCCAAACGUGUCUCCAUCCAAGCGAACUCCAACGCCUCCGCGGAAGAAAAGGGUCCCAAGCAAGGGAAAAGGACGGAUUUGAAAAAGAUUAUGAUCCUGGGAGCCGGUCCCAUCGUCAUCGGCCAAGCUUGUGAAUUCGAUUACUCGGGUACCCAAGCUUGCAAAGCGUUAAGGGAAGAAGGGUAUGAAGUGGUUUUGAUAAACUCGAAUCCGGCAACCAUUAUGACUGAUCCGGAUAUGGCUAACCGGACUUACGUAACUCCCAUGACACCGGAAUUAGUCGAACAAGUCCUCGAGAAAGAACGUCCCGACGCGCUUUUACCCACAAUGGGUGGCCAAACAGCCUUAAACCUCGCCGUGGCGUUAGCAGAAUCCGGGGUUCUGGAGAAAUAUAGCGUGGAGUUAAUAGGAGCAAAGCUUGACGCCAUUAAAAAAGCUGAGGACCGUGACCUGUUCAAGCAAGCUAUGAAAACUAUAGGUAUAAAAACUCCACCUUCAGGGAUAGGGAAUACGUUAGAUGAAUGUAUUGAAAUAGCUAAUGAAAUCGGGGAGUUCCCAUUGAUCAUUAGGCCGGCGUUUACUUUAGGAGGUACUGGGGGUGGGAUAGCUUAUAAUAAGGAAGAAUUUGAGUCUAUUUGUAAGGCUGGUUUAGCUGCUAGUUUGACUUCGCAAGUUUUAGUUGAGAAAUCAUUGUUAGGAUGGAAAGAAUAUGAGUUGGAAGUGAUGAGGGACUUGGCCGAUAAUGUUGUGAUCAUUUGUUCAAUUGAGAACAUUGAUCCUAUGGGAGUGCAUACGGGGGAUUCAAUUACUGUGGCACCUGCACAGACCUUGACUGAUAAGGAGUAUCAAAGGUUGAGGGAUUAUAGUGUUAAGAUUAUUAGGGAGAUUGGUGUGGAGUGUGGAGGUUCAAAUGUGCAAUUUGCGGUUAAUCCUGUUGAUGGUGAAGUUAUGGUCAUUGAGAUGAAUCCAAGGGUUUCGAGAAGUUCAGCUUUGGCUUCAAAAGCUACAGGGUUUCCUAUAGCUAAAAUGGCUGCAAAGUUGUCGGUUGGGUAUACAUUAGAUCAGAUUCCUAAUGAUAUUACCAAGAAGACUCCAGCAAGUUUUGAGCCUUCUAUUGAUUAUGUGGUGACUAAGAUCCCACGAUUUGCAUUUGAGAAAUUCCCUGGCUCUCCACCAAUAUUGACAACUCAGAUGAAAUCUGUUGGCGAAUCCAUGGCUCUAGGCCGCACAUUCCAGGAAUCCUUUCAGAAGGCAGUUCGAUCACUGGAAUGUGGCUACUCUGGAUGGGGAUGUGCUGAAGUUAAAGAACUCAACUGGGAUUGGGAUCAAUUGAAGUACAGUCUCAGAGUCCCCAGCCCAGAUCGAAUCCAUUCUGUAUAUGCUGCAAUGAAGAAGGGGAUGAAAGUGGACGAAAUAUAUGAGCUGAGUUUCAUUGACAAAUGGUUCCUCACUCAGCUUAAAGAGUUAAUUGAUGUGGAGCAAUAUCUUUUGUCCCGAGGUUUGUCUGAUCUGACAAAGGAGGAGUUCUAUGAGGUCAAAAAGAGAGGCUUUAGUGAUAAGCAGAUAGCCUUCGCAACUAAGUCCUCUGAGGAAGAGGUCCGGAAUAAACGAGUAUCUUUGGGAGUUAUUCCAGCAUAUAAGAGGGUAGAUACUUGUGCUGCAGAGUUUGAGGCUAAUACUCCUUAUAUGUACUCCUCUUAUGAUUUUGAGUGUGAAUCAGCUCCUACUGAAAAGAAGAAGGUUUUGAUUUUGGGUGGUGGACCGAAUCGUAUUGGUCAGGGGAUUGAGUUUGACUACUGCUGUUGCCAUACAUCAUUUGCCCUUCAGAAAGCAGGAUUUGAGACAAUCAUGAUGAAUUCGAAUCCUGAAACUGUAUCCACAGAUUACGAUACCAGUGACCGUCUUUACUUUGAACCCCUUACCGUUGAAGAUGUUUUGAACGUUAUUGAAUUAGAAAGACCUGAUGGAAUCAUUGUCCAGUUUGGAGGUCAAACACCCCUUAAGCUGUCUCUACCCAUCCAACGUUACUUAGAUAAGCAUCGGCCUGCAUGUGCUAGUGGGGCUGGGCAAGUUCGCAUAUGGGGUACCUCACCGGAUUCCAUUGAUGCAGCUGAGGACAGAGAGAGGUUCAAUGCAAUCCUUAAGGAGUUAAAGAUCGAGCAGCCAAAAGGAGGGAUUGCCAAGAGUGAAGAGGAUGCUCUUGCCAUUGCAACAGAGAUAGGUUACCCGGUUGUUGUCCGGCCUUCAUAUGUGUUGGGUGGCCGAGCAAUGGAGAUUGUAUAUAAUGAUGACAAGCUUGUGACAUAUCUAGAGAAUGCUGUUGAGGUGGACCCAGAACGUCCUGUACUGAUUGACAAGUAUUUAUCAGAUGCAGUUGAGAUUGAUGUAGAUGCACUUGCUGAUUUGCAUGGUAAUGUGGUGAUUGGAGGGAUAAUGGAGCACAUUGAGCAGGCUGGGGUCCAUUCUGGUGACUCUGCUUGCUCAAUUCCAACACAAACUAUCCCAUCUUCUUGCUUAGAUACCAUAAGGUCAUGGACAACAAAACUGGCUAAUAGGCUAAAUGUUUGUGGGCUCAUGAACUGUCAGUAUGCAAUCACAGCUUCUGGUGAUGUUUUCUUACUUGAGGCAAAUCCCCGUGCUUCACGUACUGUACCAUUUGUUUCCAAGGCAAUUGGGCACCCACUGGCUAAGUAUGCUGCUCUUGUUAUGUCAGGGAAGUCACUUUAUGAUCUAGAUUUCACAAAAGAAGUGACUCCAAAACAUGUGUCUGUUAAGGAAGCUGUUCUUCCGUUUGAGAAGUUUCAAGGCUGUGAUGUGUUGUUAGGUCCUGAAAUGAAAAGUACAGGUGAGGUGAUGGGCAUUGACUUUGAGUUUGCAAUAGCAUUUGCAAAAGCCCAGAUUGCUGCAGGGCAGAAGCUUCCACUUUCCGGCAUGGUUUUCCUCAGUUUAAAUGACUUGACAAAGCCCUAUCUUGAAAGAAUCGCAAAAGCUUUCUUGGGGCUGGGAUUCCAUAUUAUUUCAACAUCUGGGACAGCUCACUUUCUUGAACUAAAAGGUAUCCCAGUGGAACGGGUGCUGAAAAUGCACGAGGGGCGGCCACAUGCUGGUGAUAUGAUUGCUAAUGGACAAAUCCAGUUGAUGGUUAUCACAAGCUCUGGUGAUGCACUUGAUCAGAUUGACGGUCGGCAAUUGAGGCGAAUGGCCCUUGCUUACAAGGUUCCUAUAAUAACAACCGUCGACGGAGCCUUGGCAAGUGCAGAAGCAAUUAGGAGUUUGAAGUCGUGCACCAUUAACAUGAUUGCACUUCAGGACUUCUUCAAUACCGAGACAGGGGCAGGGCAGAGCAAAAACCUGCUGUCUACUUCAUCCUCUCUAUAGAUUGAGUAGGCAUUUGGGGUAAGCACUUUUGCCUAUUUUUUCCCUUCUUUGAUGCUUCCUUUAAUAUGUUUCCAUUAGCCUUUGUUGGGGAUUGAAUUUCUACUUCUAAUCUCUUGUUCUGUCGUAUGAUUUCAAAUUUUUUGUGACAAUGAAUUUUGAGGAAUGUAGGGUAGGGAACGUUCAAGCACUGCAUUUUAUAACAUAUAUAUAUGUAUAAUAAGAUGAUGCAGUUUUCAGGUGCUUGUACCUAUGUAUUAUCUUAUGCAGCAGCAAACUUUUUUGUUAAUUAAGAAUUGCUUUGUCCAAA